AUGGCGUCAACGAAACGCGUAGCUCCCAGUGAAGACGAACAUCAGGAGGCCUCGAAGAAGACCAAGGUCGACGAUGACGUGCCGUCUUUCUCGUCUUGUUCAGAGUCGAGCCGGAAGCAACGCGUGGCUCUCAAUCGUGCCGAUUGUGCCCUAGAUUUUAUAAUCGAAGGCGAUGAGCUUAAAGGAUAUGCACUUCACGAGCAGGGCUUUGCUUACUGCUGGUCUGGCGCUCGAGCGAAUGUGGGUAUAGCUGGAGGGAAGUACUGUUUUGGUUGCACGGUCGUAUCUUUGCAGUCUGUUGAUAUGGAGGACACUGCUCCUGAUCGACAGAAUCUGUGCCGCCUUGGAAUUUCUCGAGGGGACGAAGCAGUUGGAAACCUUGGGGAAACAGCGUACAGCUUUGGGUAUGGGGGCACAGGAACAUUCUCACAUGGUGGCAAGUUUUCGGAUUAUGGUGAGAAGUUUGGGCUCGGCGAUACCAUUGUUUGUUCUGUCAAUCUUGAAGAUAAAUCUAUGGCUUCCAUUGGUUUCUCCAAGAAUGGAAAAUGGUUGGGUAGAGCAACGUACUUUGAUGUUUCUGCUUUGGGUCUUUCAGUGGCGGAUUCUCCGGAGAGGAAGAUGCCAUGGCAAUCAGCGGUUUUCCCACAUGUUUUGUUGAAAAAUGUGGUGGUGGAGUUGCAGUUCAGUGUUGAAGAUGGCCUUGUUGCUGAAGAGGGUUUCAAGCCUUGGGCGUCUGCACUGGAGGAUGGAAAUGCAGUUAUUGGACCCGUUUUUUCUGACCCGAGGGACUGUGAGGUGGUUAUGAUGGUAGGUUUGCCUGGGUCUGGCAAAACAACUUGGGCCGAAAAUUGGGUGAAAGAGCACCCUGAGAAGCGUUAUGUUCUGCUUGGAACAAAUUUAGUUCUCGAUCAAAUGAAGGUGCCAGGGCUUUUGCGUAGGAACAAUUAUGGGGAACGGUUUGAUUGUCUGAUGAAUCGAGCAACUGAAAUUUUUAACAUCAUUUUAUCCGGAGCAGCCACCACACCUCGUAAUUACAUUAUUGAUCAGACAAAUGUGUACAAUAGUGCUCGUAACCGUAAACUUAAACCAUUUGCUCUCUUCCGAAAGAUUGCUGUUGUGGUGUUUCCAAGCCCCGAAGAGCUAAAUAUUCGUUCUAAGAAAAGAGCGAAAGAAAUGGGAAAGGAAGUACCUGCUGAUGCAGUAAAUAAUAUGUUAGCCAAUUUUAUUUUACCUGUCAGCAAGGAUAUGCCUGGUUCAGAUGAGUUUUUUGAUCAGGUUAUGUUUGUAGAACUCAACAGAGAAGAGUCACAGAGAUAUUUGGAUGAGAUGAAGCAGUCACUUGCAUGUAAAUCUGAUUGGAAGAACUCGAAUAACUCUUCACCAUAUUCUGUUGGCCCUGGUUUUUUAAUUUCACCAAAUUAUGGGGAAAGUCCUGUGCAGCUCUCUUCACCGUAUUCUGUUGGAAGCUAUGUUCCUAACUUUUCACCAAAUUAUGGGGAAAGUCCUAUGCAGCGAUUUACUAUGCCUCCUCUGCUGCCGCGUCGGCCUGUACCUGGGGCUGUUACUCCUUAUGGAUCUUAUUCUGGCUACUUUGGCAGUUGCGGUGGUGUUACAGAUCCAUACCAGAGUUAUGGGCCAGGUGAACCCCACAGCAGGCAAAAUAUCGAACGCAAUAGUACCACUUUUGAUGCUGCCACUAACCCCUACAGUAGUAGUACGAUUGUACCCUCGCUGGUAGGAAGUGCAAUGACUUCAUUCACAGGCAAUAAUCCUGGAUAUCCGAGAGCUGCAGCUCCUCAGGAUCCAAGAGCACCCACAUUUCUUCCCAGUCCUUCACCACCUGCAUAUGGAGGCUUACCUUUUGGAACUCCAGCUCCUAGACCUCCAUAUGGAAAUUCUCCUGUUAACACUGCAUAUCCUGGAGGCUAUCCCCUACCUGGUCCGAGGUACUACUGA